GACACAGAGCACAACGUCGUCGGCUCGUGUUGCGUAUAAACUGGGUCACACCCAUGCCGGGAGUUCGUCCCGUCUCCCUCUUUUCUUUCUCUCACCCUCACCCUUCUCCUCCUCAACCUCCUGUGGGUUUUUGUUGUCCUGUCAUUCUCUUUUUUUCCUGGCACUCGUGCCUCAUCUCUCUCCUUCGAAUCCAAGUUGUGCUGUUGCACAUCACUUUACACUCCCUUUUUUCCAACCAUCACCAGCUGCGGAGCCUGCUCAGCGCAAUACAUACUCACUUACAUCACUGUCCUUUCCACCACGCUAGCCGUUGAUAUCCAGCUUCUACCUGUCAAGCAAUACCAACAAUAGAAACGGCCAACGUGAAUAGUUAGCGACUGUUCCACAAUCACAACCCCCCAUUCAUUCCAGCCAACCGGUAUUGAGCAACUCGAAACUUUUAUCAAGCAGUCCCAGAGACUUGUCUUAUCAACCCUUCGACAACUUCUUCCCACACUUUUCUCGAGCCGUUGAGGAGCGACUUUUGAGAUACCCAACAACCAAAGGAUAGACUUUAGACAUUUCCAAGCGAUACCAAACAACAACAACAACUUCUUCACCAUGCAUUUCACCACCAUCUUGGCCACCAUGGCCGUCACAGUGGCUGCCGCCAAGGAGAGACGUACCUUUGCGACUCUUCAGCACAAGGGUCGGGGACCAUUGACGACAUGCAGAGCCGAUCCCAUCGUCUCACCAGGAGGCCCUUCUGCCCACGUCCACGCCGUCAUGGGUGCCAGCAACUUUGGCUUCAACGUUACCGGAGAGUCUCUGCGCCAGUCCAAGUGCACCACAGCCAAGCCAAAGGCUGACAUGAGCUCAUACUGGGUUCCCUCACUCUACUUCAAGGACCCCGAGACCGGACUCUUGGAGCCCGUCGAGUUCUUUUACAUGGUCAACUAUUACUUCUUCGACGCCACCGACGACGAUAUCAAGGCUUUCCCUCUCGGUCUCCAGAUUGUCAGCGGAAACCCCACUCUGAGGUCAAAGCCCAGCCAUGUCUCUGAUGGCGCCCUUCAGCUGGAUCCCUCCAAGCCCAUCCAGGCCGCUCAGAUCACUUGCCCUCGCCCCAACUACAACCCCCCUAGCUGGCCUGACAACUCGGAUGGCUCCAGGGCUGGUCUUGGCGACCCGGCCAACAAGGGUGCUGGUUAUGGCUUCCCCUUCCAGAACUGCGACGCCUAUGCCUCUCCCAUGCGCGUGGAUGUCCACUUCCCCUCUUGUUACAACCCCGCCGCCGGCCUCACCAACUACAAGAACAACAUGGCUUUCCCUACCCCUGUCGGCAACAAGCUCAACUGUCCCAAGGGCUGGAUCCACGUCCCUCACAUGUUCUUUGAGACCUACUGGAACACCCCCAAGUUCUUGCCUCGCUACCAGCACUUGCUUGGCAAGGAGAGCCCUUUCGUCUUCUCCAACGGUGAUGCCACUGGUUUCUCGGCUCACGGUGAUUUCAUCUCCGGCUGGGACGAGGAGGAGCUUCAGCACAUCAUCGACACCUGCGACGCUGGCCACGCCGGUCUUCACAACUGCCCCGGCCUCAAGCAUGGUGUCAACCCUGACAGCGAGAGCUGCAACAUUGAGUGCCCCAUCCAGGAGAAGAUUGCCGGCACCCUUGACAAGCUUCCCGGCAACAACCCCAUCGCUGGUUGGAAAUAUGGCGGCGGCAACGUCUCGCCCGCUCCCGCUCCUGCUGUUCCCGAGCCCGAGCCUGUCGUUGAGAAGCCCGAGCUGGAGACUCCCAAGUCCAGCAGUGCCCCUGCUAUCAAGGUAGAGCCAUCAACUUCUGCUGCCCCCGCUCCGGCCCCGUCGUCGAGCUCUGCUGCUGCGCCGCCCCCACUUUCCACCACCCUUGUCACCGUUCCCGCUCCCGCCCCCACCACGGUUGAGGAACCCCCUGUCGUUGAGAAGCCCGAGCCUACCAGCGAGGCUGUCCUUCCUCCUGCGGCUUCUCCCAAGGUCAGGAUUGUCUACGACACCGUCACCGUCUGGCAGACCAGGACCGUCUACGAGGCCCCUGCCGGCCCCACCCAGUCUGCCAAGUCUGGUGCUGAGAUCUCGGGCUUCAAGGCCGCCGGCUGCUACAAGGACCAGUCUGACCGUGUCAUCUCUGGCAAGAUUCUACCCAACAUUGGCCAGGUGAGCAACACCGCCUGCGUCGAGUACUGCUCUUCCAAGGGCUUCUCUGUUGCCGGCACCGAGUACGGCGGCGAGUGCUACUGCGGCAACAGCCUCAACAUUGUCGAGAAGCUUGACGACUCCAAGUGCAACAUGACCUGCAAGGGUGAUGCCAGCCAGAAGUGCGGUGGUGACUGGGCCUUGACCGUCUUCACCAAGGGCGGCGCUGCCCCUGCCAAGGCUGAGAAGCGCCAUGUGCGCAACCACAACCACCUUGCGCACCACGCCCGCAUUCCCUCUCGUCAUCUCCACCGGAGGUAG